AACUUCCCAAGUGGGGGGGCAGCCCUGGGCUCUGUUAGCAGGAAGGAAGCCGGUGCCCAGAGAUGCACUGUAGCCUACAUGCAAAGUGUGUGAGCACACUGGCCUCUGCCAGAGCAGGAAGAUCCCAUGGGGCCAGGAUGGAGCAGAUAGUUAUUAGUGGGACAGAGGGGACCACAGAGCCAGAGAUGACCUUUUAGUACAAUACAGAAAGGCUGUGGGGAAGGAGAAGCAGUGUGAACUGAGAGAUGGGGAAGCAUGGGGUGAAAGAGCUUGCACUAUCCAAAAAAGAGUUAAUUGCAUUUCAACAGUUGCUAGAUAACGGUGUCUUACCCUCUUCGUUGCUGCUCAGUGAAGGACAAUUUGUUCUAAAGAUAGAACAAUAAGGCAAAGGCUUUUUAGGAGAUAGGGUGUUUGUGCUCCCUGCCUGAGAGCUGUGUUCUCAGUGUUGGAGGAAGUUUGCAGCAGAUCACAAUACCCCUCUCCUUGAGCUUUGGGAUAAAUUGCACUCUUUUGCAAUGAUUAUCACUUUGUGCUUCAUGAUGCUCUGGGGUCUCCCCCUGCAUCCUCUCCCACAUCACACGGACAGGCACUUGGCAGCACAGUACUGUGCAAAGAGCAGAGGAGAGACCAAGCAGCAGCAGAGUAUGAGUGAGUUGAGCCAGGUCCCAAGGGCAGGAUAGGAUCCAGCAGCUGAUUCCCCUUUCCUGUGCCAUAUCUACUGCGUCAGCGAUCCCCCAGACCCUCAGACCAUGGUCCAUUGCCACUGUCUGCAUUUCUUGGGACCCUUUGAACUCAGAACUGAAAACAGGAUAAAGGUGAUACAGUACAAGGUGAAUCACUUCUGCCAGCUGCUCACACACUGGUUUAGCCUCCACCAUCCCAGCCUGCUGCCUGCUCUCAGCAUCAGGAAGAGCUUUUCUUAGUUGCAUCUCCUACAUUGAAUAUUACUAUGCAAACAGAGCAAAGGGGUAGCCAGGCCCAGUGUGGAUGUGGUCCCAGCUGAAAGAGGCCCAGAGUUCCCCUGGGGCAGGAGCAUGCCAGUGUGCUGUUGUUGAGAUGUGUUAUCCUGCAUGGUAGGCAUCAUGUCCUUGCUGGCGCUGGUGGCACAGUCCUGGCGGCUGAUGUGGUGGAGGGUGAGGGUACCAGGACUGCUUGCAGCCCACUGGAGCCACAUUUCCUGCAUCUUUGCAGCCCUCACUGAGCCUUGUUGAACACAAGCUGAGAUUAAAACUUGCCAAAAAGAGAAAUCCCAAGAGGUUUAGCAGCUUUGGGAUUUUAUAAGAAAUGUAGAGACAGUCAGGUGGUGUGGCAGAGGGUCCUUCAGAGGCUGGGAGCAGAGGAGAUGCCAUGGUGUGAACAUGAAACCAGGCAGAAAAAAGGUGUUUUUCUCUCAACUCACUCCAGCUAGGCAGUUGUGGGCUGACUGAUCCCAACAGCAUUCUUGGCAGUGUUGUCACAAGGAUAUUGAUGUCAUCAUUUAAUCAGCUCAUUAGAGGCUGACAUCUUGGGGAGAAACGUGGGCAUCAGCAAAGGCCUCACUCCGCCACUUGCUCACAGUAGAGAGCAAGGUUUGAGUCCAGCUCAGUGCCAUUCCUCUGCAAACCUCUUAAUCUCCCAAACACCUCUCUAAGUUGGUCACCUCCCGGCUCCCUCCAGCUAUGGGUUUGCUGUGACCAAAUAGGGUGUUGUGUGAAUCUCUGUGGAUCUUGGAUUGUGUUCCCCCUCUGCACACAUUCCCAACACCAUAUUCCAAGUGGGGAGCAGGCAGAGCCUCCAACCGCUCUCAGAAGGCACAGGAUACACAGGCACCCAGGGAUCAGGCACCAGUUCUAGGGCCAGGGCUCUGGAGGACAGAUCAAUGCUGGGCCAAGUGUGGAGACUGCGGACAACGCUGAGUGGCAUCUGUGCAUCUACAGCAAUGCACAGUCUGGACCUGGAAGAGGUGCUGUUUCUCUCUUUCUCCCCACACAGGCUGGCACUGUCUGAUGGGGGGAUGCCAGAUGGUUGGAACGCCUCCUCUGAUAGCCUGGAGAUGGGAGCUGCAGGGAUUAUUGUGCCUGUGAUCUUCUCCCUCAUCUUUCUUCUGGGCACUGUGGGGAACGGGCUGGUGCUGGCCGUGCUGCUGCGUAAUGGCCAAGUGAAGUACAACACCACCAACCUCUUCAUCCUUAAUCUGGCCAUGGCCGACCUGUGCUUCAUCGUCUGCUGUGUCCCCUUCCAGGCCACCAUUUACACUCUGGAUGGGUGGCUCUUUGGGCCCUUUGCCUGCAAGGCUGUGCAUUUCCUUAUCUACCUCACCAUGUAUGCCAGCAGCUUCACCUUGGCUGCGGUCUCCGUUGACAGGUACCUGGCUAUUUGCUAUCCACUGAAGUCCCGGGAUCUUCGCACCUCCCGAAAUGCGGGAGUGGCCAUUAUAGUGAUCUGGUCGCUGUCGCUGCUCUUCGCGGGGCCUUAUCUCAGUUACUACCAGAUUGUCCAUUACCAUGGGAUGCCCAUCUGCGUCCCUAUCUGGGAGGACCAGCGCCGAAAGAUUUUGGACAUCCUCACGUUUGUCUUUGGAUACCUCCUGCCUGUGACUGUGGUGAGUCUGGCAUAUGCCAGGACCAUCAAGUUCCUGUGGACCUCCGUAGACCCCCUUGAGAGGAUCUCAGAGGCCCGGAAGGCUAAGCGUAAGGUCACCAAGAUGAUUGUGGCAGUGGCCAUCCUGUUCUGCCUCUGCUGGCUGCCCCACCACUUGAUCAUCCUGUGUUUCUGGUUUGGCCACUUCCCCUUCAACCGAGCCACUUAUGCCUGUCGCCUGGCUUCCCACUGCCUGUCGUAUGCCAAUUCCUGUCUCAACCCUAUCGUCUAUGCCCUCAUCUCCAAGCAUUUCCGCAAGCGUUUCAAGCAGGUCUUCACCUGCCUCUUCUUCCAGAACAAAAACAGGAAAAAGAAGAAAAGAGUUGGAAAUAAAGUCCACGUGGUCAAUGUGGGCAAAGGUUUCACCAACAGCACCAGAGGUUUCUAUAGAGGCCACACCAAGGUGACCCAGCUCGCAGAGGAGAAUACCAAGUCCUGCCCCGGUCCACUGAAGAGGGACCCUGAAGAUGCCAGUUACACCAGAACAUGGCCUCACCAGUCACAAGAUGCUAUGGUCUCUGUUCAGAAGGGACUGCUGGAGGAGGAAAGUUUGGCAACAGCUGGCCACCCCCUGGCUGUGACCCCUCCAAAGAGAACUGCAGAGUUUGUGACUGUUCACUGCAGAUGAGCAAAGUGAAGAAACCUGUUAUCCAGCAUAUGAGUAACUGCUCUAUUUCCAAAUGGGCAGAUAAAUGUGGGGCAGUAGGGAAUGGUCACAGCAAAGCCACCAAAAGCUCCCGAGGGAAUGCUUAACCUGUUGCCCAGACUCACUUGCCCACACCAUUCAUCUAGGAUUGGCACAAUCCACCCAUACAAUGCAGAGCAGAGGAACAUAUUAAUGGGAUACCAAGUGAUCUAGGUGGUGUUCUUGCCAACGUGUUUUAAGACCUCCACUUCCUACUUCCUAACCUGCUAAUUUUGUGUAGCGCCUUGAAGCUCCAGGAGGGAAGCAACCAAAAUGAAAACAUCCUGAUAGGAAAUCCAAGCUAUGGAAGACACUUCAAAGCAUGGGUAGGAAGAGUGCACGUAGACCUCUGUGUGAAUACAGUACCUAGCAGCCUCUCUUCCUGGCAGGGUUGGGGUGCUGUGGACAGGCCCAAGCAGUGAAAUACCAUCCCCUGCCCCUGUGCCUUUCUUUUCCUAUGAUCCAUGGGCAGGUCUAAUCCACCUUCCCUCCUUCCCUAGCCCCUGCAACCAGAUAAGAGAGGGCCUUAUCUACAAUACUGUCCCACGUACAAGGAAGUCAGCCGUUUGUAUCAAUAGCUUGAUUAUACUGAUUCUGCUGCAGUCACUAGUCAUAUUCAAAUUAUUUAUGUCACAGCAGGUGAAGAAUGGAAAGGUUUGUGUGCUGACACCUCUGUGUGCUCUCCACCAGUACCUGUGGAUGCUCUGAUGUUCAAGGUGGAAAGGAUCAUCAGUCCAGUCUCUUCCCUCCACCCUGCACAAGCAGGAGACAUUUCCUAGAGCUCUGUUCCACCUGGCUUUAACUCUUGCAAGCACAUCCUGCAGGACACUGUCCCACUUCCUUGUGCCUCCUGCUAUUCAGAAUUAUUUCCUGAUAGUCAUCCUCCAUUCUAAACAAACUCCAUAACUCCUCCCUUUACCAUGUUAUUCCACCUGACUCAUCACUCUGCUUACUUUCUAUUUACUUAUUUCAAAUUCCUGAAGGACAGCUGCCUCAUCUUUUGAUCUUGGUAAGCUACAUGGAGCUUCAUCUCUUCCUUCUGUCCCCAGCAAUCCUCUCUCUGGCUAGCCCUUUUCUGAACCACAUCUGGUUUGUUGCUACCUGGUUUUCACAUCUCUCAAAGAGCUCCAGGGUCAGCAGAUGUUUCCUUUCCCUAUGGCCAGCCACAGCAGUUUCUCUUGUCAUUGGUGGAGUGGCACCUGUCACAGGGCUGAAGGACUUGUUCACUGAGUGGUGAUGUUAUCCGGUGGUAUUAGCCCCAUGUCUUGGGCUUACUGGCUUGGCUAGAUUUUUUUCUUCUAUGUAAUGACAACUGUGAUUGAAUUGAUGUCUGUCACCAAGCAAAAGAAAGUACCCAGCGAAACCCAGCUGAGAAAUGAGCUAGGGAGCCAGAUCACAGUUGCAAUGGGACAAGGGGGAAGGUGUGAGAUGGUCCUGAUUCAUACCCAUGGAGAAGAAACAGCCCCAUCACACGCAUGUACACAUAGUUUAAUCUUAUCUCCUCAGUGCCCCUUUUUACCUGACUGAGAGGGUUUCCAGGAGAGCAUGAGGCCAAUGCUGCUCAGUGGGUUGGGACAUCUUCCCAAAUGGCCACUUCUGUGGGGUUACCAUGAGACCCGUGUCCACCUGGAGGGACUGCUUCCUCAUGUGAGCACCCUUCAGCCAUGGCAAAACUUCCCCUUGCUCUGGCCACUGUCACCUUCCCUCCCACCAUGCCCUAAGCAGCUGAGGAGGAGCAUUUGGUUGUGACAGCAGCUGAAUGACACCCCCACACCAUGGCCGAGUGACUCCCCAGCAUGACUGUGGGAAGGACGGGAAGAGCUGCAGGGACAGGGGGAACAAAAGAUCACAUUCACCAGGAGGUGCUGAAAUUUCUCCCUUGCUUGACCUGAAUAAACACUUGUACUUUC